AUGGACGCCGCGGCGUCGUCGGCGGACGAGACGGCGCGCGACGGUGGGCUCACCCUGGUCGUCGGCGGCGCGGGACGGGUCGGGAGAUUAGUGUGCGAACGUUUGCGGGCGACCGGGAGGGCGGUGCGCGUGGUGACGCGAGACGCGGAGAGCGAGACGGCGCGCGCGCUGCGGGACGCGGGGUGCGAGGUCGUGGGCGGGGACGUCGGAGACGAGGCGUCGAUGCGCGCGGCGUUGAGCGGGUGCGAGGGUGGGUGCGUUAUCGCGACGUUUGGGGCGCAGCGGAUCGGUCGGGUGACGGACGUCGUGACGAAUCCGUCGCUGCGGGACGCGAAGCAUCCGAGAUUUGUAAACUAUUUGGGCGUGGCGACGCUCGCGCGGUUAUCGAGCGAGGCGGGCGCUAGAAAGUUCGUUCGCGUCACGGGAGCGUCGGUGGGGUAUCCGGCGUUUGAUUUUAUCGCGGUUUUGCUCAACGUCGUGCUGUCGAUGACGAUUCGAUGGCAGCUCGCGGGGGAGAUGGCGGUGCGCGCGGCGUGCGAAAAGUCAUCGAUGAAGUACGUCGUCGUGCGACCGGGAAAUCUGGCGGAUUUCGAGCGGUGCGACGAGGAUGAGAGCGGGAACCGACGCGUUGUUCUCGGAAGCGGUGGGGCUCGCGUGGAGGCGGGGAAGAUAUCGCGUUGUGACGUGGCGGAUGUCAUCGUCGAGGCGCUCGAGAGACAAGAGUGUGAAAACGUGACGCUCACCGUCGCGGGCUUGACAAAUCCAUCGGGCGGCGUGCGAACGGAGCUCUCUUGGGAUCCCGCGAAAGGGAUGCACUGGCGCACGGUGGAGACUGACGCGACCGUUCGCGAGGGUCGAAGCUACCGCGAAGAUUCUAUGUGGACGGCGGUGACGCCGGACUCGGAUGCACUCAAGGAGAAGGCGCAUCGCCGGUAUGUCGCAAUGUUUCUCGCCCUUCUCGCCGGCAUCUUCGUCCUCCUCGCUCGAGGCGUAUUUUUGCUCGUGCGUUCGUUCAUGUAG